CCGAUCCCCAUCCCGAUCCCGAUCCCGGCGGCGGCGGCGGCUCCGGGGAUGGAGGAUGGAGCCGGUGCCGCUGGUGCAGCUGGCCUUGCUGGGCGCGGCGCUGGCGGCUGCAGCCUUGCUGCUGAUUGUCUUUGUUGCAUUUAUAACUGCCACAAAAAUGCCAAAUAUUUAUCGACACGAGGAAGAGAAGUUCUUCUUAAGUAAAGGAGGCAAGAAAGAAGUUUUACCUACUAUUAACGACCCACCUACUAAGCAACUGUCUGUUGUUGUGCCUUCAUAUAAUGAAGAAAAGCGGUUGCCUCUGAUGAUGGAAGAAGCUUUAGAGUAUCUAGAGAAGAGACAGAAACAAAACCCUGCAUUCACAUAUGAAGUGAUAGUAGUGGAUGAUGGCAGCAAAGAUGAGACCUCAAAGGUUGCUCAGAAGUACUGUCAGAAGUACGGAAGCGACAAAGUGAGAGUGAUCACGCUAGUGGAGAAUCGUGGGAAAGGCGGAGCUGUCAAAAUGGGCGUGUUCAGCUCCAGAGGAAAGGAGAUCCUGAUGGCGGAUGCCGACGGAGCCACAAAGUUUGCCGAUAUUGAGAAAGUCGAAGCGGGGCUUCGGAGUCUGCGGCCGUGGCCUAAUCAAAUGGCUAUUGCUUGUGGGUCUCGAGCUCAUUUAGAAAAAGAUUCAAUAGCUCAGCGUUCUUACUUCCGAACUCUUCUUAUGUAUGGUUUCCACUUUCUCGUUUGGUUCCUUUGUGUCAAAGAGAUCAGAGACACACAGUGUGGUUUCAAACUCUUCACACGAGAAGCUGCCUUGAGAACCUUUUCAACUCUGCACGUCGAACGCUGGGCUUUUGAUGUGGAACUUCUUUACAUAGCUCAGUGCUUAAAAAUACCAAUAGCAGAAGUUGCUGUCAACUGGACAGAAAUAGAAGGUUCUAAAUUGGUUCCCUUUUGGAGCUGGCUACAGAUGGGCAAGGACUUACUUUUUAUAAGACUGCGAUACAUGACCGGUGCCUGGAAGCUGGAAGGAACUAGGAAACAGAAUUAGAUUAUUUGUAUUUCCUGAAUUUGUGAAAUCACAAAUCUCUCAGAACUACUCCACUAAAAUGAAAUAUCAAAGAAGCUGGGGUGAACCUGUUGUUGAUGUACUACAUUUUGGUAUUUUUUAAAAUAAAAAUUGGACUGGGGAAAAUG